AAACCAGUCUUCAGUCUGUGGAAAUUUCACAAGUAAGCUUAACAGCCACAAAGAAGACUUCACACCAUUGUGAAGAGGUGGUAAAAUAAAAUUAAAAUAGAAAUAAAAUUGUUAAAAAAGAAAACAAUGCUUUCCAUCAGCAUGAUCUUCACCGUUCUGGCGACAGCAGCUCUGGCAAAAGGAGCUAUCGAAUGCAGUUUCUCUAAUCCUACUGGAGUUCAGCAGUGUUUUGGAGCAGUGGGACAGCUGCUGAUUUUUCAUCUGUCAAAUACAGCAAAUACAGAUAUUACUUUGAAAAAGGAUGACGAAUAUAUCAUUUUUAAAAGAGUCAAAAACAAAACAGUGACUCUGCAUGAAGACUACAUGAAUCAGCCUGAACCCUUCACCAAUGGAUCAAUCAAACUAGGUUAUGCAAUGAAGAGACACUCUGGAGAUUACCAGUUGGAAGAAUUUGGAUUUAAUGGUGUUUUACUGAAAAAAGUGAAUGUGAAUCUAGAAAUACAAGCUCCUGUGUCAAAGCCAGCUGUGUCUCAGAUGUGUUUGUCACCAGAGGAGAUGAACAUCAGCUGCUCCUCGGAGGGAGAUGAAGUAGAAUUAAUUUUGACUUUGGACAAUGUCUUACUAAUGAGGACCCGAGGCCAAAGUCAGUCCCUGAGCAACAGCACAACAACCAUUAAGACACUGGCGAAUAGUACAGCUAAAAAAAACAAAUCCAGUAUUUUAAACAUUACCAUCAGCUUACACAAACAGCUGACAGGAAAUGUCAUGUGUCAGGCUUUCAACAAUUGUAGCAGAGAUGAAACAAUAAUUCACGUGAAAAGCUGCAAAGUUUCUUCCUUCCACCUUGUGACUGUGGCUGUGACAGCUAGUGUUGUUGUCCUCCUUCUCCUUGCGGCUCUGUGUCUUCUGAUCAUAAAACUUCAUAACAAACCGAGACCCACAAAUGUCACUGAGGGUAAGUGGAAGAUGUUCACCCGUAUUUUCAUCUGUCUCAAUAAGGACCAUAUAAGUCAGCUAACUCUGAAGAUGAAAUUAUCUAUGCAGAUGUGACAAUAAUGAACAACACAAGAAAAAACGGACCCAACUCACAUCAGAAUACAACAUAAUUUUCUCCUAAAGAAUUAUUAAAGCAGCAGCCCUAUUUUAAAACUGUAACCUUUUCCUGGCUGGGAAUAUUAUUUAACCUUGAGAUGAGAAACAUGUGAUCAGGGACUGUUCUUCUGUUCUAUGGCUUGGAAAAAAAUAAACAUGCUCCCAUGUGAUUAUAUUUUCUC